AUGCGUACCGAGUCGAGAAAGCCGCAUUGGACGGCGUAUCUUUGGGAUACGCUGGACAAGUCACCGGAAGAACGUCGAUUUCUAUUCAAGCUCGACGCCGCUAUUCUCACCGUAGCGUCGUUGGGAUACUUUAUCAAGAAUCUGGACCAAAUCAACAUUAACAAUGCAUUUGUUUCCGGCAUGAAAGAGGACUUGGUUCUCAACGGAAACCAAUUAAAUUAUAUGCAAACCUGCUGGACAGUGGGCUACGUUAUUGGGCAAAUCCCGAGGCAAUGCAGCCACGCGCAGCAGAUAUACGUGCUACGGUUCUUUAUCGGCCUCGCAGAGAGCACCUUUUACCCAGGGAUGCAGUACCUGAUCGGAUCUUGGUAUCAAAAGAGCGAGCUUGGCAAGCGAUCAUGCAUAUUUCACGCAAGCAGUGCCAUUGGCAGCAUGUUCUCCGCCUAUCUCAUGGCCGCCGUCUACCAUCUUGACGGCGUGCACGGGUUCAAGGGCUGGCAGUGGCUUUUCAUCAUCAAUACCGUGAUAUCACUACCUAUUGCGGUUUCUGGCUUCUUUUUCUUGCCCGACGUGCCAGAGAACACCCGGGCCUGGUACUUUACCCCGGCCGACAUUUUGCUGGCACAGAAACGCAUGCAAGCUGACGGGCGAGCGAAUCGUGCGCCUUUUACGAAAAGAAAAGUCAAGAAAAUUAUUUCCAGCUGGCACAUCUAUCUGUUAACAUUGCUAUACAUUUUAUUCCUCAAUGGUGGUGGUAUAUCCGGACAGCCAGCAUUUGCCAUCUGGCUCAAGCAACGGGGCUACAGCAUACCACAAGUUAAUGCCUAUCCUACAUUGACGACGGGUGUCCAGAUUGUCACCACCUUCAUCUACGCAUGGACUUCGGAUUCUAUUCUCAAAGGCGAACGAUGGCCACCGAUUAUAUUUUCUGGCAUCAUGAUUCUCAUUGUCAACACGAGCCUCGCGAUAUGGAAUAUCCCAGUUGCCUGGAAAUGGGCGUGCUUUAUAUUAGCUGGCUGUUCCAGCGGAGUAAGCGGACUAAUGUAUGCGUGGAUGCACGAGAUUUGCUCCCGGGACAACGAGGAGAGAGCACUGGUGGCGGCUUCAAUGAACGAGAUGGGCCAUGUGUUCCAGACAUGGCUUCCGCUGCUGAUUUGGCAGCAAGUCGAAGCGCCAGAGUACCGAAAAGGAUGCUUGGCUUCUAUAGGGAUCGCGAUAGCCAUGAUGGGCACUGCCAUGACGAUUCGACAUUUGCAGCGCAUCGAGACAGCCUCGCGACGAGUGAGGCUACCCGCGUCAAUUUGA